AACUGAAGGGCCCGGGUCCACCCGUCGCGCGCGUUGCGGCGGCGGGGUUAGAGUGACGCGCCCGGGUGUCCUGCUCAGCUUCCGCUCUGUGGGGAGGCUGAGGAGGGUCGGCUGACCAGCCUUUACCUUCCCGGCGCCUUCAGCCGCAAACGCUGCCUCUAAAGAAGAGAAUCACCAAACUGAAUGGCAGGGAUUUUGCACUUGGUGGUUCAGAGGCCGCCAGGCAAUCUCCAGACUGUGACAAAAGGGGUGGAGUCUCUCAUUUGUACAGAGUGGAUUCGUCACAAAUUUACCAGGUCAAGAAUUCCGGAUAAAGUGUUUCAACCUUCACCUGCAGAUCAUGAAAAAUAUGGUGGGGAUCCCCAAAACCCCCAUAAACUGCAUAUUGUUACCAGAAUAAAAAGUACAAUAGGACGUCCAUACUGGGAAAAAGAUAUAAUAAAGGUGCUUGGAUUAGAAAAGGCACAUACCCCUCAAAUUCACAAGAAUAUCCCCUCGGUGAAUGCAAGAUUGAAAGUGGUUAAACAUUUGAUUAGAAUCCAGCCACUGAAACUGCCACAAGGCCUUCCAACAGAGGAGGACAUGUCUGACACGUGCCUCAAGAGCACUGGGGAGCUGGUAGUGCGGUGGCGCCUAAAGCCUGUGGGGCAGGAAGGAAUUGAGUCCUAAUGCCAGAGGGGUUUCAGAUUUUUAAAAACGCAAUUGUUUUUAUUUAAAGAUGGUGAGAACGUAUUUUCAUUAAAAUGUAUUUUAAAUAUCAGUCAUUUUCACUCACUAAAAAUGGCAUCAUUCUUCCUUACUUACAGACUUGGAGGUUUUUGUGCUAUUAUUUGGUUUAAUUUUCUCCCCUUUUCCCCUAGUAGUUUCACUCCACUAUGGGUAAGAAGGGCAAUUUUUUUAACAUCUAGGUUCAGAUGCAUUGUCACCGUAGGGAAUCAUUAUUAACUUUAAAAAUUUUUUUUUUGUUUUCUAAUUUAACUGAAUUCAACAAAUUCUUUGAGUGAUUCUUUGCAUAGGCACCAUGCUAUGUGUUGGAGAAAUCCAAAGCUGACUAAAAUAUGUCUUGUUCUCCUCAAAAACUUACAUUCUGUUGUGAUAGAUGAUAGAGGUUCAGCCAAAGUCAUAAAACAUUGAGUCCAACCAGACCAGCUUCUUUGUACUUAGUGUGUUUAAAUAUAUGUGGACAUGGCUUUGUGUUUUCAUUAAAGGAGAUGCCAAAAAAGUAGCAGUUUUCUCCUAAUUAUAAAUCUAAUCUUGCCUAAACUUUAUUACUACACUCUGCCUGGACAAAAUGUGUUCUGCUCUUUGUAAAUUUCUCCCUCAUAGAACCAAAGUGUGAAAUGAAAGCAUUUAAUCAAAUUUUUUUAUUCAAAAAACACACUGUCAUUCUGUUUCUAGCUCCAAAAUUGAAAUCUUUUGAGUUCCUAAGGGACCUCUUUGGUUGCUGUUUAAAAAGAACAAAAAAGGAGGGAGAAACCUUUUAGGGAGAAUUAUUUAUUUCUUUUUUUCUACCUCAGAGCUAAAGGAUGGGGAGGAGGAAAUAUUUUAGAGAGAGAGGUUCAAUACUGAGACAUCCUCAUGGCAGCUAAUUGAAAAUGGUGAUGAUGAAGACCUCCAAAUCCUGCGUUUUCCUGAAGUCUGAAUACUUUGUCUCUUGUUGCUUGGGCAACAUCACUGGCAUCGUUGUUGUGCCAUUAUCCAUCCUAUCGAAGGUCUUGAUGUUUUGGGACACUGCAUUAGCAGAAAUGCUACCAGAAAUGAAACCAAGUAACAUUUAUUAAAAAGCUUAAAGCAAUUACAAUUUUAAUUCACCAAAUACUGAAUAUCUCUUAUGUGUAAGGCCUGGAGAGGACUUAAAGCAGAGGGAUACCUUCAAAGAGAUCAGUCUAGCCAGAGAGAGACUAGAAUAUCAGAAUAUAAGGUGGUCAUGUUUGCAGCUGGUUUGAAGAUGUCUGUGUAAAUAAAAGCCAACCCUGCUAAUUUAGUGCCACCUGUUUUACCGUGCUAAUGCUAUUGUUGUGCUGUGUAAAAAGGGAGAAAGUACCUUGGUUAAUUUUUACUCGAAGAGUCUAAUAAAGUAUGAGUAAGAAAUUUUAACUUUGACAGCCCACAGCUUGAAAAAAAAGAAUCUAAAUGUUAAGUUCAGUAUUUAGAAAUGAUCAAUGGCAUACAUUUCCUCUAAUGAACACAUUUUCAAAUCAUACAGUAGUUAAUUUUAUUCUUGAAUAUAUUACUGAAAGUAUUAUUUCUUUUCUCUUAUAAUUAUUUCAAACUUCAUUACUUUCAUACUCACUUUCACAGACUAGGAGUCCUUUUCUUAGCUUUAAAAAAAGAAAGAAAAGAAAAGGCUUGUCAAAUUCCCUUUCAACUGUUUGUUCAUUCAUUUAUUUACUAACCCAGCAAACUUUUUUCAAAGAAAUUCUCCUUUCUCUGAAGUUGGAAAGAUAAACCUACAAAUGUGUGAGAUGUGAUUGUCUGAUUUUGUUCUUGA